AAUCCCCUCCCCGGCGAUUUGCGCCGUCAGUUAGUCGCCGCUCGGCCCUCAACGUUGGCAAGCAGCAGCAGCCAAGUGCCCCCCGCCCCCGUUGCCAUAACAAUAGUACACAACCCCUCCUUCGCCUCGCGCGCUUCCUCAACAGUCCUUCCCUCUCGGGACCAAGGGCCUCUCCAGAGCUGCUUCUGGCUGAGCAGAACCAGGGUCUGAGCCCCUUUGCUAAGGGCAAUUGAGUGGGAGGGUUGGAGACUGCGCUUCAGCCUAGUGUCAGAGGGCCCAAGGAAAUGGGCCCAGUGGGGAAGGAGAAGUAGAAGAAAUGAACGGAGCAGGGGUUAGGGAUGGCACAACAGGAGCUAGGAGGAGAGAAGGAGGAGGAAUUGGAGGAGGACUGAGUUUAUCUGACUCCAGAGCCUUCAGGAGGGAAGAAAGAUGUCAGAUGAAGAUGAUCUAGAAGACUUUGAUCCAGACCAGGACGAUUUUGAGAAAGAAGAAGAUGAGAAGGAGACAGAGGAGGAGGAGGACUACAGAAAAGAGGGGGAAGAGUUCCCUGAGGAAUGGCUGCCCAACCCCCUCACGGAGGACAUGAUGAAGGAAGGGCUUUCUCUGCUCUGUAAGACGGGCAGUGGGCUGGGUCAUGCUUAUGUUAAGCUGGAGGUUAAAGAGAGGGACCUGACAGACAUCUACUUGCUGCGCUCCUACAUCCAUCUGCGCUAUGUGGAUGUCUCUGAGAACCACCUGACAGACCUGUCUCCACUCAACCACCUCACCCACCUGCUCUGGCUCAAGGCUGAUGGCAAUCGGCUACGGAGUGCCCAGCUGAAUGAACGGCCCUACCUGCAGACUGCUAGUUUUGCUUAUAACCAGAUUACUGACACUGAAGGCAUCUCACAUCCUCGUCUGGGAAGCUUGAAUCUCAAAGGGAACAGCAUCCGCAUGGUGACAGGUCUGGACCCCCAGAAGCUGAUCAGCCUGCACACAGUGGAGCUUCGGGGGAACCAGCUGGAAAGCACCCUGGGAAUCAACCUUCCUAAGCUGAAGAACCUCUACCUGGCCCAAAACUUGCUGAAGAAGGUGGAAGGCCUGGAGAACCUGAGCAAUCUCACCACUUUGCAUCUUCGAGACAACCAGAUUGACACUCUGAGUGGCUUCUCCAAGGAAAUGAAAUCAUUGCAGUACCUCAACCUGAGGGGCAACUUGGUGGCCAACUUGGGGGAGCUGGCCAAGCUUCAAGACCUGCCCAAGCUGCGAGCCUUGGUGCUGCUGGAUAACCCAUGCACGGAUGACGCCAAGUACCGCCAGGAGGCCCUGGUGCAGAUGCCAUACCUCGAACGUCUAGACAAGGAAUUCUAUGAGGAGGAGGAACGGGCUGAGGCUGAUGAGAUUCGGCAGAGUCUGAAGGAAAACCAGGAGCAGGAGCCUGAACCCCAGCGUGAUCUGGAACCGGAACAGUCUUUGAUCUAGCCUCUAAAGAUAGAGAUCAAAGAUGCUGGCCUUCAGACCUAAUCAGAUUCCCAGGGAGGCCAGCACAUUCAUACCUGCUCCAGGCGGACAGAGGAUGCCUCUUUUUGCCCCAAAGUUGGAAAUUCAUCACAGUCUGAGGCCCAGGAUCCCUCUCUGUACUGGUCCCCUGGGCAGUGUGAGCUGCAGAGUGGGGUGCCUAGGCUUGAGUAAGGCCUGGAACCUAGGCCCAGGUUCGCCCUGGGGCAGGCAUGGGUAGGAGCCUAGCCCGCGUGGGCCACGGUGUGCUGGUAGGAAUGGCUGGAGAGACCUGGAGGCGGCUGGGGUGUUUGGAUUUCCAAUAAAGAGGCACUGUGAU